AUGGAAUUCAAAUCAAGUAUUUUAGUUUUAAGAUUCUUGGAUAAUAUUGUUUGGUCAAUUCCACCAUCAAUGCCUAUUUUCUUUUAAAUUUGUAAAACUGCUAGUUUGGUUAGACUUGAAGCCAAAGGAGUUAUUGGAAAUAAUGCUGAUAAAGUAGAAUCAGCUGGGAGAAUAGAUACUUGUUGUUUUGAUAAAACAGGUACACUUACUACUUUGGGAUUUAAAGCAAUUAAAGCAUUUCCAGAAGAAGAAAAACCAAUUUUGGAUGCCAUAAUGGGAUGUUGUCAUCAUUUAAUAAAAUUAAAUGGUUAAUUAUUAGGAGAUCCUUUAGAAAUUGAAAUGCUUAAUUUUGUUGGUUGGUAAUGUAAUUUUCAUAAUAAUCCUGUAACUAUUGAGGGAAAUGGAAAAAUCUAUACAAUUCAUAAAAUAUUUGACUUUAGUUCAUAAAAAUCUAUGAUGAGUGUUAUUGUAACUGAUGGAUCUAAAUAUUAUUUAUAUGUAAAAGGUUCUCCUGAAUCAAUUAAUUCAAUUUCAAUUAAGAAAAGAGAUGAUUUAAUUGAAGAAUUUAAUUUGAAUGCUAUAAAAGGAUAUAGAGUUUUAGGAUUAGCAUAUAAAGAAUUAUAAUAAAAUUAGAUUGAUUAAUAAAGAGAAUAAUUAGAAUAAUAAUUAAAUUUUGUUGGACUUUUAGUUAUGGAAAAUCCAUUGAAAUCAGAUACAUUUGAUAUUAUUACAACUUUAAAAGAAACAGGAUUAGAUAUAAAAGUAAUAUCAGGUGAUAAUCCAUUAACAACUAUUUAAUGUGCAAAAUUAGCUGGUAUUGUUAAUUAAGAUAAUGAAAUUACAUUUUUAGAUUAUAAUUAAUCCAAUUAAGAAAUUAUACUUUAAUGUAAUAACAAUCAAUAAAUUAUAAAAGAAUCAUAACCUAAUAGUAUUUAAGAAUUAGAAUAAUUUUUAAGUACUCAAUAAGAAUUAGCAUUAACAGGUAAGUUUUUAGAAUAUAUGUUUAAUAAAGGUAAUUUUUUAAUUGAAUCUAAAAAUUCAUAAAAUAGUUUUGGUAAAUAAUAAAGUAAAGAAAAGAUAUUUACUGAAAUUAAUUAAAUUGAUAUUGAUGAUGGAUCUUUUGCAUAAAUUGCAAUUUCUAUUAUUAAAAAAACUAAAGUAUUUGCUCGUUAAAAACCUGAAUAAAAGAAAUUAAUUAUACAAAUAAUAUAAAGUUUUGGAAGAUAAGUAUUAAUGUGUGGAGAUGGAGCUAAUGAUUGUGUAAUUAUUUUAAUUAUAUUUAAUUUUAGUCAGCUAUUUCAUAAGCAUAAGUUGGAAUAUCAUUUAGUGAAGCUGAUGCAUCAUAUACAGCACCUUUUAGUAGUAAAUCUACAUCAUUAGAUUGUGUUGUUAAAGUAUUAUUAUAAGGCAAAGCAGCUACUAUGACUAUUAUUGAAGUGUUUUAAUAUUAAAUUAGUGUUAAUACAUUAAAAUUCAUAGCUGUACUUUUUACAUUUUUAGAAGCUGAAACAUUUGCAGAUUUUUAAUUUACUUAUACAUCUAUUAUAUCAAAUAUUCCUUUAUUGAUAUUUUUAUGUUUAUCUGGUCCAUGUGAUACUUUAGCUAAAUAUAAUCCAUUAGAUGAUUAAUUUGCUAUUUAUAAUUAAAUUUAAAUUUAUAAUAAUUUAAUUUGGGGAGCAGCAGGGUAUUAUAAUAAAUUAGUAUUUUUAGAUUGAUUGUUAAUUUUUUUAUUUCAUAAGCUGUUAGAGAUGUUCAUACAUGUGAAAUAGAUGAACCAAUUAUUAAUUGUAUACCAAAACCAAUUGAUGAAUUAAAGAAAUCUGGAGAUAUACAAUCUGUAAUGUUUAUGAGUUUAAUGUUCUUCUUUAUGACAUUUGCAAUCAAUCUUUACAUUUCCAAUCCUUUCAAAUAAAGAUAUUUUAGAAACUAUUUAUUACUCUUAUGGACAUUAUUAGGUUUCAUUUUAUUCUUUGUUUCAGCUAUAUUUCCAAAAGGAGGAAAAUGGGCAAAAUUGAUUAAUGUCAAUGAUAAUGCGUAAUCAUAUUUUAUUUAUAUUUCUAGUUUCUAAGGUUAUAAUUGGAUAAUGAUAGCCGUUGUUGUAAUAGCCUCCUUAUUAGGAUUCAUUACCUAAACUAUUUUAUAGAAAUAUCUUCCUUCAAAAAAGAAAAUAGAAUUUUGA